AUGUCUCUGUCGAACAAGCAGCCUGCUUCUGUAUCGAAUCGCUGGCUUAGCAAUCUUAUUCGACCACGGGCAUCUUCUUUCUCUGUGGAAUCCUGUUUUAAUCUGACCGAUGUCGACCCUUCUACACCUCUCGAUGCACGCCCGGCCCUACCUCUCUUGUCGAAUUCUCAACCACUUCAAGUGCGUUGCAGACACCUAAAGGCUCUAUCAGAGCUCUGUAAAAAUUAUAAGUUCUCUCACCUUGAAAAUAUAUUUUUCGCAGUUCAAGAUAUUCUUGAAGUCCCUAUACCCAGGGAUGCACGCCACACAGUGUUUGAGUUCAUGUUGGCCUGCAUUCAUGGUCAAUAUGAUGACCUAGGCAUGGCGCGUGUUACAUUUUAUAGUGCUCUCAAGAGUCGCGACCAUUGGGAGGAUUUUGUCGACAUGUACAAUGUCCUGUAUGCUUUAUGCAAAGGAGGUCGAGACAUCUCUGGGUUUGAGAAAAAUAUCGCCAAACUCCUCAUGACCUGGAUCGACAUGGCCCUCUCAAGAGCACCAGACCAAUCACCAAAAGCCGUUCCUAUUGACUAUCUUAGUGACAUUCUCCACCUUCUGACCCUCACAGGAAAAUUCAACUUUGCGAUGUUUGAAGAAACUGAGGUGGCCGAUAUGAUAAAAGCCGUACGAGCAGCCUUCCAACUGUCCCAUCACCCAAAAGAUAUACAAGCCUGUUUAACAUUUGCAGACGUUGUGGUACGUUACCGGUUUGUGCCAUUUGAGGCCCUCAAGACAUUUUUGGAAAUCCUAUGCGAGUCUAUAGUUUUGCCAGAAGAAGUACUCCCAACCGGUUCACUCUCUGUCUGGUCCAUUUUCAUGAACCUUUUACGAUCUCACUGCGCUCACAGCUCAAUCCUGACGCUCUGCAAGUUCCUUGAUAGUCCAGCUAAUCCAGUAAUUGCCCAAGGUGCUAUGCAACUUCUCAGUGAAGCUGCUUGGGGACAGAAAUCUAAGACAGGGGCAGAAACAUAUAUGGUCUCAGAUACGGUUUUACUCAUGUAUCUAAGAAGAGCUACUCUCCAGCAAAAUGGAGUAAUGUGUGCUUCUGUAUUGAACUGUCUUGUAUCCCUGGUAGAGAACCCCGAAAACAAACUGGGCUUGCUCGACUGGGAUGUUAUUUGGGAUUGCAUCGAUAAUUGCACGGAAUAUGUCCUUAAGCUCGACAGUCCACUCAAAGAUAUGUUUGAAUAUCCUGUCGUGGAUGAAAAGGCAGAUAGACUGGAUCCUAUUUAUCAAUUUGUACGCUUCAUCACUCGAAUUCACAGCCAAUUCACCACCAAAAAAUACCUCGGUCCAGUUGCACGCUUUAUGAAAACAUUAUAUACUAUCCGACACGUUAUUUCAGAGAAUCUAGCUAGCAUUCUAUUGACAUACUAUGAAACCGAACAUGUUUUGCUACCAUCUGCCGAGAAUUGGCUCUCCCUCCUUCUUGAUGUUAUCAAAACCUUUCUCGUACCUGUCACAGUUUCACACAUCAUACGUGAACGCACACUCGUGAUUGUUAGACAUGUUUAUGAAUCCGCAAGGGAUUUUUAUCCCGAAGAAAUGUACACCAAGGUGAUAAUCCCAAUGAUGACCAAGAUGGCCCACGAGCCAGAUACAGAGAUUCGUCAAGGGGUUGUUGAUAUUUUGGUAGAUGCUAUUCACGAUUGUCGUGAUAAAACUUGUUUUGAUACAAUGUUAGAGCUCUUGGACGAAUGUGCUCGGUGCAAGUGCUUUCGAGAACCCAAAACACAAAUCCAAUCUCUCAAGGAAGAGGCAACAAUGGCCGGCUUGCGACGCUCUCAUAGCCAAUCACAGCCUACCUCUCAUCGACUACACUCUCCAUUGAUGACUCUUCCCAGAAGCACGUCGGUUUCUCCUGCAGUUAGUCCAAUGAUUCCUUCUAGCAAACAAGAACAUUCUGCGUGUAUGGGACUUUCGGCCAUGAAUGGUCUCAUUACAAUAUUUGAACGCCUUUUGUACGGUGAGAGUACGGCAUGCGCAAAGGUUUUUAAGGUGAUUACAGAAUCAGCGAAUAGCAACGAUGAUGUGAUGUGUCCUUCAGGUGGCGUCAAGAUUAUUGCAUUAGAUUUACUCCUCCGUCUUCGAUGCCCUCCAAAUCAUAGAAUAUAUGUGAUACAAGAAGAUGAUCUCAACGAUCCUACCACUGCUACAAUGCGUAGAGAGCGAGAGAGGCGUAAGCCAGAAGAUAAAUCCGCAGGACUUUUAGGCCCUGCUGUGACCCUGACUCCAGUGAAAAAACAACCUAGCCCAACCGUUUUGUCUUAUUUUGACGAACAUACUGAUCCCAGUAGCGGUACUUCCCUCCCACUUGAUGAAGCACUCAAGGCCUACAUCAAGAUUAUCUCACAAAGUUCUGAUUGGGAUACUGUUCUCUUUGUUCUUAAACGACUUCCUAUCCAGCUGUCAAACAAGCAUCUUUUCUGCGGUGCCACUCUUCAGAUACACAAGCUAAGGAGAGCUGUUGUCAAAUGGAUAAACACUCGAAAAUUCCUUGAGAAUGUGAGCACCUUACCACCGACCGUCAAACGCAAUGACCUCAACCGCUAUGCUUAUGACAUAUUGACAAUGUUGAUAUCCUAUCGUCGUGUAUUCAGUAAACAGGAUCAGGAUGAAAUUGUUUAUGCCUUCUACAUAGGAAUAACUCAUGUCACAGCAUCAACAAAACCAUGUAUCAACGCUCUCAACCUGUGCUGCCAUGAACUCCCUCUAUCGAUAGCCAAGAUGAUCAAUGAAAUACUCCAGAAAAUGUCCCAGAUAAUUUCUGUCAGCAGUGUAUCUGUGCAUAUUCUCGAAUUCCUGUCUGCAUUGGCAAGACUUCCAAAUUUAUAUUCCAACUUUACGAGCGAUAUGUAUAAACCCGUGUUUGCUAUUGCCCUCAAUUAUCUUCAAUAUUCCCACACAGUUACCCAGUCCCAAUCAGCGACCUCCACACCAACCAGUUCACCUAUGAUUGGAUCGCCACUUCCAGGCAGUUCACCGUCUACUCCUCUUCAAUCCAAAGAACCUCAACAACAUCAGAGUGCCAUGGCUCAAUAUGUACUUAUCAUGGCUUAUCUGGUUAUCACAAUCUGGUUCACAGCAAUGCCUCUCAGAGAACGGCGUAAACAUGUGCCCUUUAUUAUCCAACGCUUGUUAGGUGGAAAUCCACUCGGACGCCCGAUUGACGAACAAACUUUUACUUGCAUUGACAUGCUUUCUCGUUUCAGCUUCUCUGAUAUCAGCCUUUCACCUACAAAAUCACUUGUCUCAAAAGUUCUGAUAGGAGAAACCUCUGGGACGAAGAAUAGCCGAACAUGGGUCUAUGGUCAUACGCUUCUAACUCUCAAGACAGCCAAGGUCAUAGGUUGGGUAGAAGUAACCAUCCGCCGACCAUCGGGAACAUUUUCUAUGAUGUGUAAUAUUGAAAACAAGAUAAAAACGGACCAGGUUGACUACAAAACUUUACCUGCUCUCUUGAUGAUGCAAUGUCAGCCAGAUAUUGAAGCAAGACCUCUUGAUGAUGGAUGGAAACCAAAGUCUGACGAAGAUGCUUUAGGAAUUACUUUUGAAGAUACACGAGAUGAUGACCAGAAAACGACCGUGACUCAGCCACAUUCACGGCGCCAAUCUGAACAAGCUAACGCAAGUUAUUCUUUGCCUCUAUCUCGAUCUGGAAGUGCAUCAAUGACUCCUGUACAAGGUCCUGAAGUUACAGUUACCAGCCCAGAUCUUUCUUACAGACGAGGUUCUCUCUCUCAAAAGCUCCCUACGGAUAGCAUGACUACAGGUCCUAGGGCAAUACAAGGAGAACAAGACCCUUUCGCAAUUCGAUCCGAAGUGGAAGAAAGAAGAGGAUUGAUGAUUAAGGAAAUCAUGUCUGAUCCUCAAAAUUCGGCCCAUCCAGGGAAUAAUAUUAGAAAAGCAGACCAAUUGCUUGACCCUGGUUUGCUUUACCUUCAACUAUAUAAUUAUCCAGAUAUCACUCGCCUUGUCGAGGCACCCCCUCCAUUACCUGAUGACGAUGCUACCUUGCGUACACUGGCUACGCUUGAUCGUAUACCUGUGGUUGAUUUUCACAAGAUUGGAGUACUGUAUGUAGGACCUGGACAGAAUCACGAGGUCGAGAUUUUGGCAAAUACUAUCGGGUCUCCAGACUACAUCAAAUUUCUCCACGGAUUGGGUACAAUUGAACGUCUCCGUGGUAAUACAGGCAAUACGGGUGGAUUGGACCGUGAGAUGGAUAUCGAUGGUAGACACGCAUACUUUUGGAAGGAUGAUGUAACUGAGAUGAUCUUCCACGUGGCAACAAUGAUGCCUACCAAUCUUGAACGAGAUCCUCAAUGUAGUGCAAAGAAGCGACAUAUCGGAAACGAUUAUGUGUCAAUUGUUUACAAUGAUUCUGGGGCUGACUAUGCAUUUAAUACGCUUCCCGGACAGUUUAACUUUGUGAACAUUGUUGUCUCGCCACACUCUAUAUCGACCGAGACCAUGGCAACACAAGCCCUGUGGGGUGCCGAGAAUUCAUUCUUCAGGGUGGAACUACAGCGAAGGCCGGACAUGCCGGAUAUUGGACCGAUUACCGAACCAAAAUUGAUUUCGGCUCAUUCACUUCCCGGAUUUGUUCGACAAGUGGCCUUACACGCUAAUAUUUUUGCUCAGGUGCAAUCUGGAGCCAACGGAAAGCGGGAGUAUGUUGCUCAUUGGCGAGAACGACUGAGACACAUUAGGCGUGUAAGAGACAGGGCAACUGGUAACACAUCUGCGCCAACAACACCUCUGGCUAAUGCAACAAAACCAAAGGAAGGAAUUAGUCUGGAAGCCCUGCUGGAUUUUACACGCUACACUUAGGCAACAACAAUAACAACAAUAACAACAACAACAACAACAACAACAAAAACGUUUUGCCUUAUUUACCCAUUAUUUCUCCCUCCCUUCUUAUCUCACCCCUUUCUCUCACACACUCCCUCUUAAAUAUCUUCUUCAUGGAACUACACACUAUGUAUACGCCCUUCCUUUUUUGCAUAUACACUUGCAUUUAACUAUUCAAUCAUAAUAAUAACAUAUAGCAAUAAAUUGAAAUGAAAUGAAAUAAAUGGCUGACCGGCGUAAAU